AGCGGCCAUUUUGGUCCCACCUAGCCCCGACACAGAAGCCCCUCUUCGGCCCCCCAGAGAUGGACCAAACCGAGCUGUGGACCUCCGAUUCGGCCUCUGUCCUCCUUUGAACCCCCUUAGCCAGCUCCGGUACCUCAUCCCGCGCGUCUGGAUAUGUUUUUGGACCCACUUUGGAGCGAUUUUCGUUGGGAAGUGGUCACCGAGAGACAUUAACUAGUCCGCCUUUACCGUAGUUCUCAAGCCCGGAUAGAGAGACGGACAGUGAUUUUUACCGCUCUUAAAUAAGGUUUUCACAGCUUGGAGCAAAAGGGAUGUUAUUUUCUACUGGGGAGCACUUUUUGUUCUAACACCGGGUCCACUGCUUUGGAGAUUGUCACGGUCCAUGCCGAGACCGUCUACCCGGACAAACCUUUCAUUUUUCGGCUGUCGGACUUAACGAAGAGUCGGUGGAGUUUGUGUCGGUUUUUGGGAUCUAAAGUAGUAAAAAUAACCCGGGGCAGGAUGUCAACCAAAACCCCUUUGCCAACUGUGAACGAAAAAUCGACGGAAAGUCACUCGUCCGCUCACAGUAAUGGGCGCACAGAGGGGGGCUCGCGCUCUUCCAGGGCGGGGGUCAGAACUCGCGGCUCAGACGAUCCUCAGCCCCCUCACGUCGGAAACUACAGACUCCUCAAAACCAUCGGGAAAGGAAACUUCGCCAAAGUCAAAUUGGCCCGGCACAUACUCACAGGCAGAGAGGUGGCCAUUAAGAUCAUAGACAAGACCCAGCUCAACCCCAACAGCCUUCAAAAGCUUUUCAGAGAAGUUAGAAUAAUGAAGAUCCUUAAUCAUCCCAAUAUCGUGAAACUCUUUGAAGUGAUCGAGACGGAGAGGACGCUUUACCUGGUCAUGGAGUACGCCAGCGGAGGAGAGGUGUUCGACUACCUGGUGGCUCACGGCAGAAUGAAGGAGAAGGAGGCCAGGGCCAAAUUUAGACAGAUUGUAUCAGCGGUGCAGUACUGCCACCAGAAGCACAUUGUUCACAGAGACCUCAAGGCGGAGAACCUCCUCCUGGACGCCGACAUGAACAUAAAGAUCGCAGACUUUGGCUUCAGCAACGAGUUCACGAUGGGGAACAAACUGGACACGUUCUGUGGCUCCCCUCCGUACGCCGCUCCCGAACUGUUCCAGGGAAAGAAGUACGACGGGCCCGAGGUGGACGUGUGGAGUCUGGGGGUGAUCCUCUACACGCUCGUCAGCGGGUCACUGCCUUUCGACGGACAGAACCUCAAGGAGCUUCGCGAGCGCGUGCUGAGGGGCAAAUACAGGAUCCCUUUUUACAUGUCCACAGACUGUGAGAACCUCCUGAAGCGCUUCCUGGUGCUGAACCCGGGCAAACGGGGCACUCUCGAGGUGAGGGAGGACGCCCAAAAUCAAAUCAUGAAGGACCGAUGGAUAAACUCUGGGUUUGAGGACGAUGAGCUGAAGCCUUACACUGAGCCGGAGCUGGACAUCACAGACCAGAAGAGGAUAGAUGUGAUGGUGGGGAUGGGUUAUAAUCUGGAUGAGAUCCAGGAGUCUUUGGCCAAAAUGAAGUAUGACGAGAUCACUGCCACGUACCUGCUGCUGGGGAGGAAGGCCUCAGAGAUGGAGUCGGCAGAGUCGGCCUCCAGCAGUAACCUGAAUCUGGCCAAACCUCGACCGAACAGUGAACUCAACGGACAGUCUCCGACUCACCUCAAAGUCCAGAGGAGCGCUUCAUCCAACCACAAGCAGAGAAGAUACAGCGAGCAAGUCGGUCAGAACGUGCCGGGGAUGACCCACCCCAAACGCUCCCAAACCACCACGGCAGAAAACAGCUCCAAAGACGAGGGGAGUGUCCAGCUGCGCAAACCAAACACCCCCCGAGCCCAGCCCACCAGCCCCAUCCUCGGAAACGCCAACAACCCCAACAAGGCCGAUAUCCCAGACCGGAGGAAAGGAGCCACCACCGGGACCACUAAUAACUCAGCGUCUGCGGGGAUGACCAGGAGAAACACAUACGUCUGCAGCGACAGGAACAACACGGAUCGACUCUCUGUGAUUCCGAACGGGAAAGAAAACAGCAGUAUUGCGGUGUCUCCCGGUGGUCAGAGGAACCCGGUCGCCUCCACUCACUCCAUCAGUUCUUCCACCACCCCGGACAGGCUGAGGUUCCCCAGGGGCACGGCCAGCCGGAGCACCUUCCACGGCGGGCAGCUCCGAGACCGCCGCACCGCCACCUACAACGGCCCCCCCGCCUCGCCCACCCUCUCCCACGAUGCAUCACCCCUGUCCCAGACCCGCAGCAGAGGAACCAGCAACCUGUUCUCCAAGCUCACCUCCAAACUCACCCGAAGAAACAUGUCAUUCAGAUUUUCCAAAAGAGUCUCCACUGAGUUUGAGCGAAACGGGAGACUCGAAGGUUCAAGCCGCCAUGUCCCAGCUUCAGACCCGACCGGACCCAAAAGCGACUCCAAGCCCCGAUCUCUCCGCUUCACAUGGAGUAUGAGGACUACCAGCUCCAUGGAACCAAACGAGAUCCUGCGCGAGAUCCGCAAAGUCCUCGACGCCAACAACUGCGACUACGAACAGCAAGAAAGCUUCCUCCUCCUCUGCGUCCACGGCGACGCCAGAGCCGAAAACCUCGUCCAGUGGGAGAUGGAGGUGUGCAAGUUGCCCCGCCUCUCCCUCAACGGCGUGCGCUUCAAGAGAAUAUCCGGCUCUUCGAUCGCGUUCAAAAACAUAGCGUCAAAAGUUGCCAAUGAGUUAAAACUAUGAGUAAAAAACAAACACCACAAAGUAUAAAUAUAAGAACUAGUAUUUAAAGUGUACAUUGCAAUCACCCAAGUAGCAGUUUUUUCCAAAUCUGAAUUUCUUUUUUUUUUUAAACAAGAGUAUGUAUGGAAUAUUAUAAUGUAUAGAGAAACUAAAAAGCUUUUUGGCAAUAAUCACAAAUACUAAUAUCUUUCAGGAAGUUUAACGGUCGACAUUAAAAGUGGCGUCAGGGGAGUUUUGAGUUCGAGUUAAAUGUAGAACUUGAAGACAGUCGGUGCCAAACUUGAGUAGAUUUGAAUUGAAGAAUUUAAAAGUGAUGUAAAGGUGCAAAUCCUUGUGUUGUUCCUUCAUCUGUUUUUCAAUGUAAAACCAAAAAUAAGAAAACGAAAAAAUAACAGUUAUCUUCGUUAUUUGUCUCCAAAAUCAAAAAAUGGAUAAAGAUUCGUUUUUUCAGGUUUUAAUUUUGUGUUUAAAUGAAUAAUGGAAAAAAACGGAUAACGGCCGUUUCCCGUUUCCGUGACAUAAACUGCAGUGCUGGACUUUUGUGCCACAUACGGACUGAACCAGGACUAACACAGGACUAAAUCAGAUCUAAACCAGUCUCAGUCCCGGUCUGGUCCUGGUCUGGUCCCGGACUGAAUCAUGGCCUGGUCCUGGUCUGGUCCCGGCCUCAGUCCUGGUCUCAGUCCCAGUCCUGUUCCUGGUCUCAGUCCUGGUCUCAGUCCUGGUCUCGGUUCAGGUCUGGUCCCGGUCUCAGUCCUGGUCUCAGUUCAGGUCUGGUCCCCGGUCUAAGUCCCCGGUCUAAGUCCCCGGUCUAAGUCCCCGGUCUAAGUCCCCGGUCUAAGUCCCCGGUCUAAGUCCCCGGUCUAAGUCCCCGGUCUAAGUCCCCGGUCUAAGUCCCCGGUCUAAGUCCCCGGUCUAAGUCCCCGGUCUAAGUCCCCGGUCUGGUUGGACCUGGUUCAGUCCUGGUUCAGUCCGUAACGGAAACGGGAAACAGCCAUUUUUCUCCAUUCUUCAUUUAAACACGAAAUGAAAAACUGAAAAGACAAAUCGUUAUCCGUUUUUUCAUUUUGGUUUUGGAGACAAAUAAUGAAGAAAACAGUUUUUUGUUUUGUUUUCUUAUUUUUGUUUUUAUAUUGCAAAAUGAAUGAACGAAUGACACACAGAUUGGUGCAUUGUGUAACUUUUCUUGUCUCCAUGGAGGUGCUUCUUUACCUACAGUAGAAUGUGUCUGAAUACGGCAUUAAACGAGUCUGUUUCACAUUUGUUCAGUUACAGAUGUUUUCUAGCUCAAAAUGCCUUGAAAAACUUACGGCUUUAAUUUACAGUGAUUUAACCAUGAUUUAACAUUUUUUUAAGUGGUUGGGAUUAGUUUGAGUGAAAGAAUACUGCCAUGGAAACAGUCAUUUCUAAUCAGAUUGACUCAGAUUGUGCACACUUUGUUGUCACUGCCUUAUAUUUUGAUUUAAAUGCCACUACGAUGAAGUGGAAUUGGUUUAUUUUGUUUCAUUUAAACUCAAAACUCUUCUCAACUUGAGCUAAUAUCUGCCAUUGCCUCCAUUUUGCACCUUUUAAAUUCAUUUGAGGAAAUAUUUUCAUUUUGGUUGAUGUCUUUACCACUUUUUAUGACAGAAAUCUACUCGGAAAUAUGAAAUUCCGCAUAAAAUUCCCUGGACGCCACAUUUUUGAAUAUGAUUUGUCAUGCUGUGAAUGGACAGAGCAUUUGUAGUCUUAUUUAUUAUUUCACCCAUUUUUUUCCUCAAAGUUUAAAAAGGACAGCUUCUUGUUUUCACUGUAAAUAAUGUAAUCUUAAUUUCAAAAUCCGCUUCACCGCAAACCGUUAUUUUUCUUUUUGUAUUUUGUUGACCUUGAGGUAGAGAUGGAGUUGUGUAAAUGGCCACACAUGUCUACAUUAAAAAGUGUCUGUCAAAA